UAGGUGUCAAUGAAUCAACGUUAAUCAACAAUCAACAAUCAACACAUGAUGAUGAUAAUAACUUUCUACCUGUUAAUUAACAUAAAGUUCAUUAAUCUAGUGAGAAAAUAAUAAACAGGUAACAAUUAUGGUUAACAGUGAUUAGUGUAUCAUCAACAUUGGAAAAAUGUCUCCAGUCUCAUUAAUUGUUACAAUUUUCAGAACAAUUGUUUAUUAUUUUCUAAUUCUUAAUUGUUUACAUUCAAGUAAACUGUCAACUGCCAGCAAAGGAAACGUUGUUAUCACAGGAGCACCAACACAACAACAAUCAAUCCCAAUUCCAAUUCCGAUUCCGAUUCCAUUUCUACACAACAUUAUGCCUUAUCCACCACAACCACAACCACAAUCAACGAUGCACAAUCAAUUCAUGGAUCCAUCAUUACAAUCAAGGUCUCCUUAUACACCUAAUCAGCCUUCACAUUUUAUGCAACACUUUGGCUCACCAAUGGCAAGAUCAACAUCUCAAAUUGUUCAACCCAAUUAUUAUCCAAUUAAAAUUGUUGUCGUUCCAAUAAUUCCCAAUAUGGAUGAUAAUCGUUGGAACAAUCAAAUCUCUUUCCAAUCAAAUCAACAAAAUCAACUAGAUGAUCAACUAAUUAGACAACAAAUUGCACCACCAAGACCAUGUGAUUUAACAUUAGCCUGGUGAUCAUUUAGCUGACCAUCAGAACUGAUUGAGUAUAAACAAUCAAUAAAUUGUUAACAAUCUAAAUCAGUAAAUUUUCUUGCUCUUCUAAAACUAAUUACAAACAAGACAAUUAAUCAAUCAAUCAAUUAAAUGUAUUUUUCUCUCUCGCUCUCUUUCUCUCUCAAUAUUUGACAAUACAAUCAUCUUAAUCCUCUCA